UGUUCUUGCUGAUAGUCAGCAAGUCAGACAGUCCGGGGUUGGGUUUUUCUCUCCUCCACAUAGCGAGAGAGCGAGAGAGAGAGGAGGGCUGACAAAAGUACGAGUUUCAAGCAUGACGAGACAAAGACAGUGAUUGAACAUUGUCAGAUAAUGAUUUAAGUCAUUUUGGGGACCCGCCAUGGCGAUAAGGGAGCUCAAGGUUUGUCUUUUAGGGGACACCGGUGUGGGCAAAUCCAGCAUCGUGUGUCGCUUCGUCCAGGAUCACUUUGAUCACAACAUCAGUCCCACAAUAGGAGCCUCAUUCCUGACCAAGACAGUGCCAUCCGGAAGCGAGCUGCACAAAUUCCUGAUCUGGGAUACGGCGGGACAGGAACGGUUCCACUCAUUAGCUCCGAUGUACUACAGAGGAUCAGCUGCCGCUGUCAUCGUCUAUGACAUCACGAAAUUGGACUCUUUCCAGACACUAAAGAAGUGGGUGAAGGAGCUGAAGGAACACGGACCCGAGGACAUCGUUGUCGCCAUUGCAGGGAACAAGAAUGACUUGGGAGACAUCAGAGAAGUCCCCAUGAAGGAGGCCAAGGAGUUUGCCGAAUCCAUUGCCGCCAUCUUCAUCGAGACCAGCGCCAGGAACGCGGUUAACGUGGAGGAGCUUUUCCAGAAGAUCAGCAAACAGAUCCCACCGCUGGAAAACCCAGACGUUGAAAGCACCGAGUCGUUCAAACUGACCCGACAGCCUGCUCCGUCCACCAGGAGGUGCUGCUAAUACAGCCGCAAACAGUCAAGAUCACAACCGCCAUCGCAGAACAUGAGUAUACUCAGUGCCACAUGCACUAAAAAGUAUGAGGGCCACUAUGAAAAGAAAAAACGUAAUAUUAUGAGGAAAAAGUCAGAAUAUUACUGGCAUCAAGUCAUAAAAUUACAAGAAAAAGUUAUAAUAUUACAGAUAAAAGUUGUAAUAAUCUAAUAAUAAUCUUUUAUUUGACAGGAAUAAAGUUGUAAUAUUAAAAGAUUUUAGUUGUGAUUUUAUAUUGCGAAAAAUGACGUAAUUUCACCUGAAUAAAUUCCUAAUGCUACAAGAAACGAGUCAAAAUUUUAAAAGAAAACUGUUGUAAUAUAACAGGGGUAAAAAAUUAUUAUUACAAGAAAAAACAGGCUACGCAAGAACAAAUAUUUGAAGAGAAAAGUUCCAAACAAAGUGAGAUUUUUACAACAAAUGUGUAAUUUUACGAGAAAAAGUAAUCAUUUUAAAAGACCUUGUCAAGCAUUGCCCUCGCGAUGAGUUGCAUUCAACUGCUCUCAUUACCUUCAAUGCACUGUGGCUCGUCAAUGGCACAUUAACAUACACUUUCAAUGCACUUGUGUAGCACACACAGAUGCAUUUGUGGAGCACACACACAUGCACUUGUGUAAGAUGUAACUGUAAUGCUGCACAAUGACGGUUACAGUAUGGCGCCUCUUGCUGGAACGCUGUGACCCCCUUUACUACAACUGUUUAAAUACUGAAUGAACUACAGUGGAACCUCCACUGUGGAACCAUCAUGGCAAGUGUAAAAAGAAGUCAACCGCUGUUAAUUGAAACAAGGUAAAAGCGGUCAGUCUUUCAAGACGCCUGAAAGUCAUGUCAAGGGGAUGGAACAGGUAGUUUGCCCGUUUAUGUUUGCUGUUUGCUGUGUUUCUUAUAUUAUAAAGAUUCCAGUUCUAAGGUUGGAUUGUCAUACAAAAGUGGUAAUUUUAUGGGGAAAUUUUAUGAAAACAAAAAAGUUGUCAUUUAAAAAAAAUAUAUAUUUUUUUUAAGUCUCGAUUUUUACGAGAAGGAAGUCUGAAUUUUAUGAAAAUAGUAUAAUUUAUUGAGAGAAAAUUUGUAAUGUGUAAAUAAAAUUUUACAUUUGUGAAAUUGGUAAUUUAUCGCGAAUAAUAUUUCAUAAGUAUAAAAUUGUCAUUUCACGAGAAAUUUUACAAGUAUAAAGUCAAACAUUUGUGGGACAAAAAAGUUGUCAUUCAGCAAGAAUACAUUCAGAAUUUUAUGAAAAUAGUCAUAAUUUUAUGAGGAAAAGAAAUCCUAAUUUCGAAAAAAUUACAUUUUGUGUAAUUAGUUGUAAAUUUGCAAGAAUAAAGUCAUAAUUUUAUGAGUAAAAUUGUAAUUGUAUGGAAAAAAAUAGAAAUAUUACUACGCUAAAGUCAUAAUAUUAUGAGAAAAAAAAGUUACAAUUUUAGAGAAUUCUUCUUUACUUUUUCAAAGAAAAAUGUAUCGUUUUCCAAAAAUGAAGUCAGAAUUUUACAAGAAUAGUCAUCAUUUUUUGAAGGGAAAAAAACCCCAAUUUUCUAGUUGCUAUUUGCCAUUGGGUAUGUUUCUUACGACACAAAAAGUUCAAUUUCCUUUUCAAUGGCUAUCAUCACCUUUUUCCAUGCAGUGAUAACCAUAAAACAGGAAAUGGAACUUUUUGCAAAGUCGCUGCACACAUAUCCUCAUCAUUGCUGCUCAGUAUUAUAUGGCGUUCACUCCUUGUGUGAAGAGACUCGCCUACAAGCAAAAUAAGUAAUCCAUUUUUAACAUUCUUGCCUUUCUUACACGUAUACAAAGAAGUUAUUCAGUGGAUAAUAAAACUCCAAUAAAAUCAAACCGCUCAUUAACUUAGAUGCUUACCGAGCUGUCGUUUUGUUCCACAUUGGAGGUUCCACCGUCCGUGGUUUCAUUCCAGGGAAUACGACAAGUGUUUUCCAUGUAUUUUUAUUUUUCCCCAAAAAGGGUUACAUUUACUUUCAUUUUUGUUUUUAUUAUGACUAAGCAUGUGGAAAGUGUUUCAAUUUUAUGAACUAACAAACACGAAAUGUCAUUUAAAAAGCGCGUUUUUAAAGCAAGUUUUCUUAUGAAUCAAUACUUUAUCUUAUACAUGCUGGACUCAUGCUCGUAUCAUGUGACACAUAGCGGAUGUCAAAUAAGUUGAGUUGAUAAGUUGAUUCCCAAAAGUGCCUGUGUGCAUGAAUCAGCUGCUUUGUAUCCUCUUUUAACUUGUUUAUGUAUCUAGUCAGUGUACUGUAAUAAAAUUGUAAUUAUUCUAUGCUA